UAUGUUUCAAGCAAGUUGCAACAACAUAGUGUACAUCUUAAGAUUCAUAACGCUAAUUUUAGUUCUUAAUUUUAAAAUUUAUUUGAAUAAAUCCAACAAAUUGGUUUUAGCAAAAGAUGCUCACUACUAUUAAUUUAUUUGUUUAAUAACAAAACAGAAAGUACCAUUCCAGAUUUCAAGCAGAGCCCACUUUUCCAAUAUCAAAACAUUGCACAUACACGUUUCCAUGCUUCAUUUUCAAUUCAUCCUAAAAAUUCCAAACCCAAAUUCACUACUCCUAGUCGCAGUAGGUGUGAUCCGACAUGGAGGGAUACAGGUCGGGUCAUCCAUCCUACGACGGCAAUAGAAGGGUGGAUGUAGUGAUGAGCGGGAAAGGCUACGGUUCCAGUGGAACUCGGUCAGCAAAUUCAACUCAGGGGAAUGAAAAGCCAUGGAGAUUCAACGAUCCAGAAGCAAAGAGGAAGAAAAGGAUAGCCAAGUAUAAAGUUCACAGCGUGGAAGGGAAAGUUAAAGCUACACUCAAGAAAGGACUUCGAUGGAUCAAGAAAAAAUGCUCUCAAAUCACUCAUGGCUACUAAUAGUAAUAGCUAUUACUUUUAUGCAAUGUACAAAUGCAUUAAUGUUACGGUCAUCAAUAUCUGAUAAUGCAUUGUAUAUGCUUUUGUUUUACUCUUAUCUCAUGUAUGCAUUCUUGAAAACAUUUGUGCUAAGUGCCAAUUUGCGAUUAGCACAAACAAAUUGAUUUUAAUUACUCAAACACAACCUCAUUCGUUAGGCAGACCAAGAUUUCAAGGUACAAACUUUUAAUAAUACUUUCUUCACAA